UUGAUACUGUCAUACAUUGACCUGAUUGGCGGAUGCUUCACAGUUUUCUCUGGAUUAAGGUCAACACAUGUAGAAAAGGUGUUGCCAUUUUAACUUCAUUAAUAACGAGAGAUAAGCUCCAUCCAAGUGCAGUCCAAGGAAACAAAGACGCCUUUUCUUCUCCAUCACUGAACAGAGGGAAAUGUAAAUAGGAACUACGCUAUAUAAUCUUUAUCGUUUUGCUUUUUCUCUGUUUACUAACGGCUUGCUGGUUCCUGUUUCAUCCUCGGUUGUCAGCAUCAGUCCAGCUAUCCUGCAUGCAUUGAUGCGACACUGAAGUGAUUUGUGGUCAAUUUGUACUCAGCUCAGGAAUGGCAGGAAGCCUUAAACCUAAACAAGAUGAAGAGGGCUGCCAGGAUCAGAUGGUGCGUUCCAACACCUUCUUUCAUGGGGGGACCUCAAGUUUACUCUCCACCCUCAUCACAUUUCCUGUCUACAAAACGGUUUUCCGUCAACAAAUCCACAACGCUGGUGUUUCUGAGGUAGUGAGGCAGCUUUACAGUGAGGGACAUGUAAAGCUCUACAGGGGCGUGGUCUCACCACUUCUGAUGAAGACCCUGGGUAAUACUCUGCUCUUUGGCCUCCAGGACACCAUCCUCCAUCAGCUCACCCCAUCAUCCCAGAAUCUCAUCUCCCCCUCAGCCCUGCCUGCUCUGGCUGGGUUUGGUGCAGGCAUGGUAGAAGCUGUUGUUUGUACCCCCCUUGAGCGUGUCCAGAGUGUGUUGCAAAAUGGUAAAAACGACCGCAAUUUACCCACCCACAAAAGUAUUCUUGUCAGGCUGAACGCACAGAAGCGGUCCUCAGGGUACUACAGAGGCCUUCUGCCCAUCACAGCCCGCAAUGCUCUUGGCAGCUUUAUCUACUUUGGCCUGAAGAAACCGUUAAAGGCUGCCGUGGAGGGGCGGGGGCUGUCUCCAGUGGUUUCCUCCUUCAUCUCAGGGAUGCUGAGCUCCAUGGUUAUCAGCUUGCCUCUCUAUCCACUGACUGUGCUGGCUGCAAACAUGCAGAAACAGGUGGGAGGGGAGGAUAAAGGGGUCAUGGCUUCAUGGAAGAAGCUGUGGGAAUCGCGGCAGCGGAGUGUGGCUCUGCUGUACAGAGGAGGUUCUCUGGUUGUUUUGAGAUCAUGCAUUUCAUGGGGAAUCACCACUGCUAUCUAUGACAUGCAGCAGAAAUAUUCAGGCUGAAGGGCAGUUCAAACCCUACUUUCAUGAGGUGCUGUAAUCAUUGUCUUUUCACUGUAGACAUUUUGGCCUGUCAUAGUAGAAAAAGCAUAUUGAUUUUAACAUUAUUGGUUGUGAUCAAUUCAUGUGUCACCCUAAACGGUGCCAUGUAUCUUACAUGAAAAGACCCUGAAGCUGAUCUAAAAGGAAUUCAUUUUUAUUAUUUACACCUCUGCUUUUCCUUCUGCGACAUGUCAAAAAGGUUUUGGUGGAAAAAUUCAAUGGAAAUUGCAGGUUUAGCCAUGAUGCAUUAACUAGUUCAAAUCAACACAUACUGCCAAUCUUUGUCUGUCAGAAUGCCAAAGCCAGGGGAAAUCACCACUGUCAGGACUUGAACCAAGGUCUCUAUAGUGGUUGCUGAAUAUUAAUCAUCAACCAAAGUUGAAUACAAUAAUAAUAUACUUCUAUAUUGUGGGCAUGGAGAGGGUUGCAACAGUUUGAAUGAUUUUCACAUUUUGAUAACCAUCUCAGAAAAUAUCCCAAUUUUACAGUACGGUUUAGAAUUAUAAUAAUAAACUUGAAAACAAAAUAAAAAUAAUAAUAAAUUGCAUUUAACUUUAACAUGUCAUGUAACUAAAGCGUGUUAAAUGACAUGGUAGCAGCACUAUAUUAUCUCCGUCUUUUUUCAUCAAUACUGUAGAACAGCAAAUGAUAAAUGUCAACCGUCAUUCAGGUAAACCUUGAAACAGGUACCGCUCCAAUCUUACUCGUGAAUCCCAGGUGCCUUGUAUUUUUUAUGUCUUGUAGGGACAUUUCAUCAACUAACCUCCUCAAAGUUAGUUUACUCAUCAGGGGAAGUGCAGCUCAGGCUAUGAAAAAAGUGUUUUUAUUGUCCUCUAGGCCUCUUGAGGAACAAUUAUUUUUACCUAAUAGUAGCUUGUAUAUACAGUUUAUAGCAGUAACCCACAUUAUGAAUUUGGGUGUGGAUUUUGUAAAAUGUGGAUUCCAGCAAGGCAGGAUCUAAAGAAAAUUGGCUUCAGUAUGAAAAAGUAGCAUUCCUAACUUUAGGGCUGGACCCAAAAGGAAGUGAAGGUCAGAAUAUUGACCCCUGUUGCCUUGAACUCGUCUUUUAAAGUGCUUAAUCAUUUGACCAUUAACUGCAUAAAGGGAGAUCAAAACAUUUGUAUUGUGUAAAGUCAAAAGAUUUUAGAAUGUUAUGUAUGAUAAAGAUGAUACAUGUGAGUUGAAGCACAGGAACAAAUAAGACAAAGUUGUACAACACUGUUGCCUCUCAGCAAGAAGAUACUGAGCUAUAAUGCCGUUGGUGCUGUCCUGUGUGGAGUAUGCAUGUUCUCCCCUUGUCUGCAUAAAGGAUACAUAGACAUGCAGGUUACAUUAGUCAGAAACUAAAUAUAAAUAUGUUAUCAUGUGUUGUCUUUGCUUAAAAUAAUCUUGAUGUAUCCCCGGGUGAAAUCUAGCAGAUUAAAUAGCUGCAACAUUAAAGUGAGGAACUCUCAGAAUUAUAAUCCAUUAUACAAUAUACAUUAAGAAAUGGGUUAUACUGCUCAUACUUUUACCAGAGUACAUUUUGAAUGCAGGACUUUUACUUGUAAAACGUUUCUACUUUGUGGUAUUACUAUUCUUUGAGUAUACCUGAGUACUGUGUGUACACCUCUGAACCUGCGCCUUUACUUUCUUCUAAUUUACCAGAACAACCUCAUAUUAUAUUUUUUCAGAAUACAAGCUGUUUCAUCAAAGUGCAUUAAAAAAAUCAAUUUUAUUGGCCAAA